AUGAAAUUACAAAUAGCAAAUAUGUUUAUGUCACCGAUUCACAUUGAUAUUCACUCUUUUUCAUCUCCAACAGUAGUACCUGUUGAUUCAAAUAUAGUUCUUUUUCAAGAUUUAUUUGACAUGUUCAAUAUUCAACUAGAUGAUUUAGAUAUAUCAAAUUGUAAUGCACAAGAACGAGUUAAUAAUGCGUUAUGUCAAUUUCAAAGAAGAUCUCCAAGAUCAACUCUAAGUUUAUUUGAAGCUAAGUUAUCUAUUCAAGAAAGUCGAUUAACAGGACCUUGUUGA